UGGUCAGCGGCGGAGGAGGGGUUGGACAGGGGCGCAGGUUUCCGUCGUUUAUUUUUCUCUCUGUUUCGGCCCCCGUUGGGUCGGGUUUCAUUCGUGGGAAACGAGAGCAGUGCCCCGAGGGUGUUUGGCAAUUUACGGGAGGAUGUGAACGGUAGUCCCGAGGAGGAUGGCGGAGCCGAGAGAGGCACCAGGUGGGUUGGAGCUAAAUCCAGAUGCUGCAGAUUUCAUUCCUCGGGAAAUUAAAGAAACACGAAAAAACAAGAAUUCAGAGGAUUUUAGCAGAAACAACACAUGCAUGCCACCAUCAAGACAGCAGCCAUUUCGAAGUUAUCGUUGUGGGUUGACGCACAGAAGGGAAUAUUGCCAGCAGUCAAGAAAUCAUUAUGAAGAACCUAACCAGAAUUCUCAAACUGGCCCUGAGGGGCAUAGGACUAACCAACCUAAAGCAGGUAUGCACAGCUUCCAAAAUCAGCGUCGUCACCGGAUAAAAGAUGACAAGUCUUGUUCUGGAGAAAUGUCAUUUACUGAUGGCUCACAGAGGGAAACUGCUGAAAACCUUGUGCAACCAACGGAGAAAAAAGUGGUGAGAGAUUCUGUAAAGAAAAACACAAUGGAAGAGGGAGCAAAUUCAAUGAGAAACAAGAUUCAUGACCUGGAGCAAGAAAAUUGGUGUGAGCCAGAAAAUCAAAGGGGUGCUAAACCAAAAAAAAUGAAUCUGUAUUUACAUAAACCCACUCGAGGAAGACUGGUCUUUGAAAAAGACAGUAGAAUAUUUAGAAAGAAGUUCACUGAAAUAACUGAAAAUGCUUACCCAUUGGAGGAUGACCAAACAAAAAUUUUUAAUGAGCCUAGGAGAAUAGAUAAGGACGGUGAAGAAUCACAAAGAAAGUUUCUUAGAAGUAAAAACAAUUAUAGGGGGUUCUCUAGGGGCAAAGAGUAUGCUGUUGAUGAAGUGUACAAAAGUUCAAGUGUAGACAGUGUUAGAAUAGGCUCGGGCUGCUCAAUGACUGCUUCAGGUUUGGACGCCAAGGCUGAUAUAGGUGAGGAAAGGGUGAAUCCCAACCUGAGAGAGCGUUUGAGUCACCGAACACAAUCGUGGAAAGUGAAUGAAGUGGACAGAAGGAAACGACGGCAAGAUCUGCAAAAAAGAUCCUUUGAUUCUGGAAGGAAAACAUUUUGGAAGAAACAAAUGGAAUUGCACAAGAGUAAAGAGACUCACACAGGCUUGCUGAUUGAACACCUUACAACUGAGAAAUAUGAAUGUAUGGUUUGCUGUGAGGUGAUCCGUGUAAUGGUACCCAUCUGGAGCUGUCAAAGCUGUUAUCAUGUAUUCCACUUGAAUUGCAUUAAAAAAUGGGCAAGAUCACCAGCUUCGCAGGCUGAAGAUGCAAGUGAUGGUUGGCGAUGUCCUGCAUGUCAGAAUGUUUCAGUACGGGUCCCGAACACUUACACAUGUUUCUGUGGCAAGGUGAACAAUCCAGAAUGGAGCAGAAAUGAAAUACCUCACAGCUGUGGAGAGCUUUGUGGAAAGAAACGACCUGGAACUGAUUGCCCUCACUCAUGCAACAUUCUGUGCCAUCCUGGACCAUGCCCGUCGUGUCCUGCAUUUGUGACAAAAGCAUGUGAAUGUGGGAAAACAAGUCAGUCAGUUCGUUGUGGUCAACCUGGAAAUAUUCAGUGCAAAAACAUAUGUGAAAAUUUCCUGAAUUGUGGAAAGCAUACAUGUGUCCAAGUAUGCCAUUCAGGAAAGUGCCAGCAAUGUCCAUUUAUAGUUCAGCAAGCGUGCUACUGUGAAGCUACUUCUCGAGAAGUUCUCUGUGGAACUGAUAAAGAAUCAUUUGAUGGCAAUGGCUACUUUUCAUGUCAGAAGCCUUGUGGGAGGAUGCUUACCUGUGGAAACCACAAUUGUCUCCAACUGUGCCAUCCAUCUGCAUGUCAGCACUGUCCACGUUUGCCAACUCUAGUACACAGUUGUCCUUGUGGGCAGACUCCUUUGUCCAAACUUUUAGAGCUUGGUUACCCUGAACGUAAGAACUGCACUGAACCAAUACCAUCGUGUGGGAAGACAUGUGGCAAGCCCCUGCCCUGCAGUUCUGAUGAUUACAUUCAUACUUGUAGCAAUCUAUGCCAUGAAGGUGAAUGUGGAUCAUGUAAUGGAACUUCAACAAUUAGUUGUCGGUGUGGAUUUAAGAAGAAGGAUGUUCCUUGUGCCAGUAUCACUAAGGAAGAUCUGGUGUUCUUGUGUGACAAGCGCUGCAAUAAGAAACGUUCUUGUGGCCGCCAUAAGUGCAAUGAGAUUUGCUGUGUAGACACCGAACACAAGUGCCUUCUUCUUUGUGGGCGCAAGCUUAACUGUGGACAGCAUAAGUGUGAAGAGCCUUGUCAUCGUGGAAACUGUCAGAAUUGCUGGCAAAGUAGUUUUGAUGAACUGACAUGUCAUUGUGGAGCAUCAGUAAUCUAUCCUCCAGUGCCAUGUGGCACCAGACCUCCUGAGUGUAAAAACCCCUGCACCAGAGAGCACGACUGUGAUCAUCCUGUGUUCCACAAUUGCCACAGUGAAGAGAAAUGUCCACCUUGUACCUAUCUCACUCAAAAAUGGUGUAUGGGGAAACAUGAGAUGCGGAACAACAUUCCUUGCCACCUUUCUGGCAUUUCCUGUGGGCUUGCAUGUAACAAACUCUUGCCUUGUGGAAUGCACAAAUGUAAGAAGAUCUGUCAUAAAGGUGACUGUGGUGCUGAGGAGGAAUGUAAACAGCCAUGUACCAUUCCACGACCUGAUUGUAAUCACCCGUGCUCAUCUCCAUGCCACCCAAGUUCACCGUGUCCGAAGGUGCCAUGUCAUGCAGAGGUAACAUUAUAUUGCAGUUGUCAACGCAGGAAAGAGGUAAUGAUUUGCAGUGAAGCUUCCAGUAACUACCAAAGGAUAACUGCUAUUUCCAUGGCUAGUAAACUCUCUGACAUACAGCUUGGAGACUCUGUGGAAAUCAGUCGGCUCAUUUCUAAGAAAGAAAUUAAACAAACCAGACUGGAAUGCGAUCAAGAAUGUGCAACACUGGAAAGAAACAGACGGAUAGCAGAUGCUUUAAAUAUUAACCCUGCCUCAGACCCAUUUCACACUCGCAGUUUAGGAUCCAAGUACAGUGACAGUCUGAAGGAAGAUGCGAAGAAAGAUUUAAAGUUUGUGACUGAAGUGGAAGAAGAAAUUAAGGCUCUGGUAGAAGCUGUCAAUAAGGGCAAGCAGCAGAAGAAAAGUCGUUGCUACCCCCCUAUGAACAGGGAGCACCGCAGAAUCAUUCAUGAGUUGGCUGAAGUCUAUGGUGUUGAAAGUGUCAGCUAUGAUAGUGAGCCCAAGCGCAAUAUUGUUAUCACUGCUGUGAAAGGAAAAUCAAUAUGUCCAAAUGUUUCACUGACUACUGUAAUAGAGAGAGAGAUGGUAACAAGACCACCACCACCAAUUGCCCACUACAGGCAACAGGUUCCCAAGAUUGACAAUGGAACAUUCAACAUGCAAAAACCAUUUAAGGAGGAACCAAUCAUUGAUUACUUUGAUGUUCAAGAUUAGAAGAAUACUUUUUGAUUAUAUUUGGAGUUUGGACCGCACAUCCGAAAUUAAGUGAAAUGCAGUAACAGAUUCAGUAAUUAAUAACAGAGAGCUGAGGAAAAUUCGUAGGAAGAGACAGAUUUGGCAAUCGUAAAUUCAGUUCAAUAGGCAGAACACAAUGGAAUGCCAUUCUACUCUGUUGGAUAUUACAAUUGUAUGAGAAACACAAAAGUGAAAACGGCAACAUCUAUGGGGUGAAGUGUGUACUGUACAUUUCUGUCAGCAUUUGUGCUGCCGCUGCAGACAGUGUUGACCCAAGGCUUAACAUCGUUUUCUCAUUUGUUUUGUGCUUUUGAUAGAAACCUACUUUAGCACAAUGUUAAAGGUGGCUGUGUAAUUAUUGAACUCAAUAAAGAUGAAAUUAAUCUGAA